AUGAGGCUUUACACUAUUAUCUUUUGCAUAUUCGGAUGCUAUCUCGUGGCCGCUGAUCACUCGAAUCUAACAAUCAUACUAUGCCCGGACGGCUACCGUCAUUUUCGACAAACUGACAUUUGUUUUAAGCUCGUUCGAGCCGACGCCGACGUGAGCGCUUUAGAGGCUCGCCGGGCGUGCAUCCGAUCGCACGAUGGGGUGCUCAGCUCGGUGCACGGGUUGGCGGAAAACGAUUUUGUGCUUGAAUUGGCACGAGAGAUGGGGAUUGAUAGCUUCUGGCUUGGGGGAUACGUUGAUGCAAAAGUCGGUGGCUGGAAAUGGUAUGACGAUAGCCAGAAUGACUUCGAGAAUAAUUGGACUGAUCAACCACGGAAUGGCACUGAGAAGGCGUAUCUUUAUAUGCUUUCCGGAAAAGCGGCUUCUUUCUUCGGCGAUUGGGCAAUCGGUGAUGAUCGAGCGAGGCUACCAGCUUUUCUGUGCCGUACCCCAUCAAUGACCAAACUAUUUCAAGUCUCAAUUGUGUACAAUCAU